CUUCCUUGCAUUUUUCCUUUACAAGCCACUGUGAACGGUUCAGAAAUAACGAAAGUAGAAAAAGAGGACAGUUUCGAAGAUGGGAAAAUUAAUAUGUAUAUUUCUACUUUUAAUUGUUUCAAAGAAUCUCGUCUUGAGUCGUACGAUAUUUCGAGACAAUUUUGUAUCGGGUCUAAGAUACAUAAGGUCGGCCGAAAAUGAAAAUCCGGAAAUUAAAACGAGCAACGAAAAUACACAGAACGACAACCCUAAUAUAAAUAUCAAUAAGUUGGAUGAUAACAACUCAAAACAUUUGGAGAAUAAUAAUGAAAAUUCCAAGGAAGGUCAUGGUCAUUUAAAACACAUAUUUGGAGACAAUACAAAAUCUGAUAAUUCAAAAGGUUCACAAAAUGAUGAUUACGAUGGAGAGAGUAAAAAAUCACAUGGCUCAAAAAACGGAGCAGAUAAUAACUCCAAUAUAAACAAUGGAAGUGGAAGUAGUUCUAUAAACACUGGAAAGACUGGAAAUAGCAAACAACAAAGUACAGAAGACAACGAAGAUAGUUCAGAAACCAGCAAUGACUCUAAACAGAAAAAUAGUUCAGGAAAAAAUAAUAAUUCUAAAGAAAAAGGCAGUUCAGGAAACAGCAAUGACUCUAAAGAUGGCAACAGUUCAGAAGGCAGCAAUCAAUCUAAAGACAAUGACAGUUCAGAAACCAGCAAUGACUCUAAACAGAAAAAUAGUUCAGGAAAAAAAAAUAAUUCUAAAGAAAAAGGCAGUUCAGGAAACAGCAAUGACUCUAAAGAUGGCAACAGUUCAGAAGGCAGCAAUCAAUCUAAAGACAAUGACAGUUCAGAAACCAGCAAUGAUUCUAAACAGAAAAAUAGUUUAGGAAAAAAUAAUAAUUCUAAAGAAAAAGGCAGUUCAGGAAACAGCAAUGACUCUAAAGAUGGCAACAGUUCAGAAGGCAGCAAUCAAUCUAAAGACAAUGACAGUUCAGAAACCAGCAAUGACUCUAAACAGAAAAAUAGUUCAGGAAAAAAUAAUAAUUCUAAAGAAAAAGGCAGUUCAGGAAACAGCAAUGACUCUAAAGAUGGCAACAGUUCAGAAGGCAGCAAUCAAUCUAAAGACAAUGACAGUUCAGAAACCAGCAAUGACUCUAAACAGAAAAAUAGUUCAGGAAAAAAUAAUAAUUCUAAAGAAAAAGGCAGUUCAGGAAACAGCAAUGACUCUAAAGAUGGCAACAGUUCAGAAGGCAGCAAUCAAUCUAAAGACAAUGACAGUUCAGAAACCAGCAAUGACUCUAAACAGAAAAAUAGUUCAGGAAAAAAUAAUAAUUCUAAAGAAAAAGGCAGUUCAGGAAACAGCAAUGACUCUAAAGAUGGCAACAGUUCAAAAGGCAGCAAUCAAUCUAAAGACAAUGACAGUUCAGAAACCAGCAAUGACUCUAAACAGAAAAAUAAUUCAGGAAAGAAUAAUAAUUCUAAAAAAAAAGGCAGUUCAGGAAACAGCAAUGACUCUAAAGAUGGCAACAGUUCAGAAGGCAGCAAUCAAUCUAAAGACAAUGACAGUUCAGAAACCAGCAAUGACUCUAAACAGAAAAAUAGUUCAGGAAAAAAUAAUAAUUCUAAAGAAAAAGGGAGUUCAGGAAACAGCAAUGAUUCCAAAAAUAAUGAUAGUUCAGAAGAUAAUACAAAUUCCAAAAGCGACCAUAACAAUAAAAAACACAAAAAAAGAGAAGAUAGUAAUAAUAUAGGAUCAUCUGAUAAUUCUAGCAAUAAUAAUAAUAAUAAUAAUAAUAGUGAUAAUAAUAAUAAUAAUAACAAUGGGACUAGCUUAAAAGGAACAGGAGAAAACAGUUCUUUGUCUGGAGGGAAUAUCUUGUCUAACUUAUUAAAGUUAGUAUAUAAUCUAUUGUCUUCCAUACUGAAUUCCAUAAUAAACUUGGUCACAUUACCUAUCGAAGGCAUAAUAAACUUGGUCACAUCACUUGUCGGAGGCAUAGUUGAACUUUUAACAUCUUUACCAUCUGUAUUAGGAAACCUACUUAAAGGAAUUGUUAAUCUUCUACAUAAUAUAUUGUCUAAUCCCGCAAACAUAUUAACAUACUUGCUAAACGCUGUAAUUGAUCUCCUCAAAAGUGUAUUUAAUCUUGUUGGAUCGUUACUAAACAAUAUUUUAGAAGCUGUUGUAAAACUCUUAGAUUCAAUCUUACCCAAAAGUUUAACAUCAUUGCUUGGCAUUUAAGGUUUUGUUUCCAAGUAAUAAUCGACAAUGUCUUAUAUCCAUUAUAUGUAAAACAAUAAAAACAUUAAUCAAAAUUAUACAAUGAAAUAUAAUGAAUGAAUAAAUA